AUGAGCAAAGCCCUGGACCGAAUCUCCCAGUCACCCUUCACACGCAAGAUAGAGGGGGCUGAACUUCCUCGGCGGUUCCACCAACCUACUUUCACCAUAUAUAAUGGUCAGACAGACCCCGUAGAGCACGUAAGUCAGUUCAACCAGAGGAUGGCCAUCCACUUCAAACUCGAGGCUUUGAUGUGUAAAGUAUUUCCAUCCAGUUUGGGACCCAUGGAGAUGAGAUGGUUUGACGGCCUCAAGCCGAACUCCAUAAAUUCCUUUAAGCAGCUAACCCAGGCCUUCGGCUCUCGCUUCAUCACGAGUAGUAGGAUUCCUCAGCCCUUGGAUUCCCUCCUGUCCUUAUCCAUGCGAGAAGAAGAGACCCUGAAGGCUUACUCGGAUAGGUACUGGGAGAUGUAUAAUGAGAUAGAGGGCAAUUAUGAUGACGUUGCCAUCAGUACCUUCAAGAAAGGCCUGCUGACCGAGCACAGUUUAAGGAAAUCCCUGAUCGGGAAACCGGUCACUAGCCCGCGCCAGCUCAUGGACCGAAUCAAUAAGUACAAAAGGGUCAAAGAGGACCAGCAGAUGGGUAAGGGUAAAGCGAAGGUUGUCCCUCAGGAGAGGAGGGACUUCAGGUCAGACCAAUUUAGCAAUAACAACCGACCGAAAAGAGAUUACACGAAGCAACUUGGAUUCGCCGGUGCUCAGGCAGUCCAUGUUGUGUUCCGGGAUCCAUUACAUUAG